AUACACAGUAUAUAUGUAGGAGCGCGGGGGAAGAGCGCGGCAAUCGGCGCCAGUGGGACCGCGACGUGUGGAGCAGCCGCCCGUGUCCGCAGCCAGCGCGCAUUCCCCGUCCUUAACACUCGACAUGGCUGACCAACUGACUGAGGAACAGAUUGCUGAGUUCAAAGAGGCAUUUUCCCUCUUUGAUAAAGAUGGCGAUGGCACCAUCACAACGAAGGAAUUGGGGACUGUAAUGAGGUCUUUGGGCCAGAAUCCUACUGAAGCAGAAUUGCAGGACAUGAUCAAUGAAGUUGAUGCUGAUGGUAAUGGAACUAUUGACUUUCCUGAGUUCUUGACCAUGAUGGCUAGGAAAAUGAAGGACACAGAUAGUGAAGAGGAAAUUCGUGAAGCAUUCCGUGUAUUUGACAAGGAUGGUAAUGGCUAUAUCAGUGCGGCAGAGCUGCGUCACGUUAUGACGAACCUAGGUGAGAAAUUGACAGAUGAAGAAGUAGAUGAAAUGAUUAGAGAAGCAGAUAUUGACGGCGAUGGUCAAGUCAACUAUGAAGAAUUCGUACAGAUGAUGACUGCAAAAUGAAGACUUUUACCUUCCCCUUCCUAGAAAAGUUGAAAUCUUUUACUUACCUCUUGCAAAAUGUUCAUUUAUUCAUUCUGUUUCUGUAUAGCAAAAGUUACUGAAUGUCAAAAAAAUAAAACCUGUCCACAAACUCUGCAUGUAAAAUGAUCAGUGGUCCUGUCCCCAAAGAUCUUCAAGCCAUGCAUCAGUAAAACUUGUACUACCUUAAAAACAAAGCAAUUGGACUCUAUGAAGUUCCAUGCUAAUAAAUACACUGUUUGGGCUGGCCAGUUUUUCAUGCAUGCAGCUUGACAGUUGAGCACAGCCUGGCUCUGUUAAUUCCACUUUAUGUUCUUUGUGGGAAUAGCUUAGUUUUUUCCAGUUGUAUAUUGUACCAGGAUGAUUGUUCCUGGAAAGUUGGUUAAUUUUGUGUGCUACGGCAAACUACAAUAGAAGGUUGUAAUUGUGUGAUGGUCCCUGGAGUGGAAUCGUUCUCAUACUUAACAGUGUGCUCAAACAAUUACCAGGACUGAAGAUCUUAUUUUAAAUAUUAAAAAAGGAUGGCAUGUCUGUAUAAAACUUGGUUAACGUGUCUGCAUUGCACUAUAGUGAAACGGAUGUCAGGCAAUUUACCGUUCACUGAAUUUUUAAAAUGACCUAUGAAAAGGGGGUGUCUUGAACUCUCAUGUUUAUCUUCUGUUCUAUACCAUAACUUGGAGCCGUCAGAGUAUAUAUCUACAUAGGACUUCAGCACAAUGACGACAUGGCUGUUCAGCAAAUUACAAUUAUGUUCAUUCCAAGUUGUAAAUGCUAGUCUUUUUUCCAAUAAAAGACCAUUAACUUAAGUCUCUUCGGUGCCAAAAUUAUUUGCUAUUAAUUAUUUGCACAACCUGUAUGUGACUUCAAAUUAUUUCCUUGUUGGAUUUUCAUAAUGGCCACUGCUUCAACUUAAAACCAGUAAGUGAAUAUUUGCAAUACAUGAUUUUAUUAAUAACUCUUUUGGGUGGUCUUAUUUGCAAAAGCUGACAUGCAGCAGAACCAAACAUUGCUGUGGCAUGUAAUUUAAUGUCAUGUCCUGAUUUAAAUUUCUUAAGUUAAAUGGUCACUAGUUAAUUGCUGCAAAUUAUAAAUUCAUACCAAACCAAGCAAUUUCCAAUUAACUUCUAUCAAAAGGUUCAAGUCUUCCUGCUGUAUGGGAAAAUUCAAGGAUUUGAAAGCUUAAGUAACAAUGCUAAACUACAUGCUGGCUGUUGAAUUUGUCAUCCUUUCAGGUAACUGCAGAAAUUUAUACUUUGGCCUAUCUAUUUGCACACUGCUGUCAAGGCUGAUUUUAAUUUUUCUUCCCUUGGCCUGAGAUGUCUUGAUGUUUCAAAGCUGAAGAAUAGAUGUGGAAGUUUGCUGCUUAUCAAAAGGGGAGUCUACAGAGGAGACAAAAGGCCUGUUUAUCCCUUCCUUGCCUCCACCCCAAAACCCAGGGUUCUUGAUGAUAUCUUAGGGUUUAGUUGUUGAUUCCUUUAACUCCCCUCCCCUUUCUCCUGACUUGGACAGUGAAUAGGCCUGGGAAUUCUUGAAGGCAGCUUCAUGCAUACUGAUUGCAGAUGUGCAGUUCCAGUCCUGCAAUACUGGUUGGCAUUCUUGAAUUUGAACCACAGCCAAGGCAAUGAUAAGCUGGCACUGAACUGUAUCUAAAGAUGUAAUUGUUUUUGGGAUUGAUGUGAUGCAUCUGAAAUAUUGUAGGGUCUAUAAUAUUGGCAGGUUGUAUGCUGAUAGUGCAUCUUUCUUGAUGCUGUUAGAUGUGGGAGAUGCUGGUUUCUCAAACGUGUAUCAGAUGAAACUUAAUGUUGCUAUGUUGUAAAUAUGCAGACCAAACUUAAUGCUUUCUGUAUUAAAGUUUUAGCAAAAGCAACACCAAUAAACUGAGCCAGUAGUGCUAUUUGUGAAUA